GAAGAAAAGAGGAAGGAAGAGGCUCCUUCGUCUGCUGUAAGGUCUACUUCCCUGAAGAUUGGAUCUUUAAUUUAGCUGACGUUUGUGCUUCAUUGAGCUUCUGUAAUGUAACUGCAUAAUAUUUAUUUUGAAUAGUACACUGUAAAAUAUGUCUGUAAUUUUAAUGGUAAAAGACUGUAAAAAUGUUACAGAAAUAAAAUGUUACUUGAUUAACGAGUAUUAACUGUAAAAUAUACAGUAAAAUGUUUUAAUAUAUUUUAAAAGACAAUACAGUAGUUUUUACAAUAAACUGUUGUAGAAAUUAUAUUUGUAGAUGUAAAAAGUAUGAUUUUCCAGUAUAAUUAAUGGUAAAAAAUUUAUAUUAUGUUUAACAAGAGAGUACAUAAAUUAUUGUUAAAAUUACGGUAAAAAAAAUAAUAAUCGGGCAUUCCCAGAACUCCCUGCGUGACCCAGUUUAUUAUAUUUUAUGGGAAUAGUUAUGUUUCUUCUUAUUUUUAAUAUCAGUUACGUACAUUGGGGUGUUCUGUGUUAUAUCUGAUGUAGUUUAAUGUUUACUGAAUUAUUUUAAUUUCACAUGUGUUACGCUGAUAGUGUUUAGUGUUUGUGUGAGUGACACUGAGCAUUGUCUCUACAUGUUUAUUGGUCAUUGCUCCUGGAAGAGCCUCUAUUGAUCCACUUCAUGUCAUCAUGUGCCCUUCUGUAAUUUUUACGAUCUGUUCCUCCAUACCACACAGCAAUCAUGAUUCACCCCUGCAGUGAAGACACUCCCACAGCAAUUCACCAAUAAAUGCUGUGAUUAUUUCCGUCAUCCGACAAGUGAAGAAAAAAAGUGGUUUAUAAAGAGGAACAACUCCAAGUGUAACCACUGAAGUCUACUGACACGAUUCCUAAAAUGCAGUGUGUUAAAGAAGAGUUUAAAGAGGAGAGUGAAGACAUCAGUAUUACAGAAUCAUGCAGAAUUAAACAUGAAGAUACUGAGGAACAAAGAGAUGUAAUGGAAGUAAAAGAAGAAAGUCAAGAACUGAAUGACGUGGAGGAGAAACACCAUGAGUAUCAGACAUUUGAUAAUUUAAUGAUUGGUGAAGAGUCUUCUAGUGGCUCAAAGACUGAAAAUAAUUUCUCACAGAAAAGAACUAAAAAAACAAGAGACAAAAAAACGUACACCUGCUCUCACUGUGGAAAGAGUUUUGCACAAAAAGGAACCCUUAACGCUCACUUAAAAUUUCUCACUGGAGAAAAGCCUUUCACCUGCCAUCAGUGUGGAAAAACUUUUGUGCAAAAAGGAGACCUUAAAUGUCACAUGAUAGUUCACACUGGACAGAAAUCUUUCACCUGCCAUCAGUGUGAAAAGACUUUCACACACAAAAAAAACCUUAACACUCACUUAAAAUGUCACACUGGAGAGAAGCCUUUCUCAUGUUUUCAAUGUGGAAAAAGUUUCACAUUUAAAAGAGGCCUUAAGUGUCACAUGACAAUUCACACUGGAGAGAAGCCUUUUACAUGCCCUCAAUGUGGCAGGAGUUUCAGAGAUAGAGGACACUUUAAGAGUCACAUGAGAAUUCACACUGGAGAGAAAUCUUUCACCUGCCAUCAGUGUGAAAAGAGUUUCACACACAAAAGAAACCUUAACAGUCACUUAAAACGUCACACUGGAGAGAAGCCUUUCUCGUGCUUUCAAUGUGGAAAAAGUUUCGCAUUUAAAAGAGACCUUAAACGUCACAUGCAAAUUCACACUGGAGAGAAGCCUUUUACAUGCCCUCAAUGUGGCAAGAGUUUCAGAGAGAGUGGACAUUUUAAGAAUCACUUGAGAAUUCACACCGGAGAGAAGCCUUACACAUGCCAUCAGUGUGGAAAGAGUUUCACACAAGUAGGCCAUCUCACACUUCAUCUGCAGUAUCACUCUGGACUGAAGCCAUUUAACUGUGAUCAAUGCGGCAAAACAUUUAUGGUGGCAUCACAUCUAAAGGCACACCUGAUUACUCAUACUAAUGAGAAGCCUCACGUGUGUUCUUUUUGUGGAAAGAGUUUCGAUACAUCAUCAAACCUGAAAGCACAUGAGAGAGUGCAUACUGGAGAGAAGCCAUACCACUGCACUUCAUGUGGGAAGAGUUUCAGCUCAUCAAGUAAUCUACAGACUCAUUUAAAAAAGCAUUGUCCAAAACUGUCAUUGUGAGCAUGUUAAUUUUAGGGACAACACUUACACCGAUCAGCAACAACAUUAAAACCACUGACAGGUGAAGCGAAUACCACUUAUUAUCUCGUUUAAGUGGCACCUGUCAAAGGGUGGAAUAUAUUAGGCAGCAAGUGAACAGUCAGUUCUUGAAUUUCAUGUGUUGGAAGCAGAAAAAAUGGGCAAGUGUAAGGAUCUGAGCGACUUUGACAAGGGCCAAAUUGUAAUGGCUAGACUAUUGGGUCAGGGCAUCUCCAAAACGGCAGGUCUUGUGGGGUGUUCCCGUUAUGGAGUGGUUAGUACCUACCAAAAGUGGUCCAAGGAAGGACAGUCGGUGAACCGGCGACAGGGUCAUGGGCGCCCAAGGUUCAUUGAUGCGCGUGGGGAGCGAAGGCUAGCGUGAGCGUCAGAACUGAACCAUGGAGCGAUGGAAGAAGUUGGCCUGGUCUGAUGAAUCACGUUUUCUUUUAGAUCAUGUGGAUGGCCGGGUGCGUGUGCAUCGUUUACCUGGGGAAGAGAUGGCAGCAGGAUGCCAUAUGGGAAGAAGGCAGGCCGGCAGAGGCAGUGUGAUGCUCUGGGCAAAGUUCUGCUGGGAAACCUUGGGUCCUGGCAUUCAUGUGGAUGUUAUGUUCCAUGCCUCGACGGGUCAGAACUGUUUUGGCGGCACGAGGGAGACCUACACGAUAUAUAACUUAAGACAGUUUACUUGAUCUGCUUAAGUUUGAAAGUCAUUAAAAAACAUUAAAGUACCACAAAGGUUAGGAACAGAAAAAAUGCCUAAAAUGCAUACUCCAAAAAUCAUUAUAACUUCCUGAGACCUGGACGAGAUUGAUGUGUGCAUUUUCCAUUUCCCUUUAUAAUUUGUAUCUAGUAGCACCUGAUAACCAUACAAAAGUUUUCUUUAAAAUUAUGUCAUCAUAUGGGGACAGUGGGUCAAUGUUUGGGAAUUUUUUAAUUAAUGCCAAGCAAAAGAUUGUGAGCUUUGUUUAUUAAAUGGUUUAUUAAAAUGUUUUCUCUCUCUGCACUGUCAAACCAGGGUCCGAAAUUAACACUCACCAAGCGCUAUAUGCAGGUAAAUUUUCUAUUUGGCCAGUGAAUUUUGCAGUCUCACUGGUGGGUUCUUUUUCCGUUGUUUCAACGUCAGUGUCAAUUUAUAUAAGUAGUUAAGCACAUUCCAGUUUUGUCCUCAAGGGGACUCUGUAGGCCUACAGUCAGAAAGGUCUCUGAUGUUUAGACAGAAUGGCCCAAAUUUUCCCACUGCUCAUCGGUAGCCUCAGUUAGCUGUAAUUCUAGAUGAAGGCUAUGUUCAUGACCGUUCAUGCCAUCAGGAAGAAGGGAUUUCGGAUUUCGAGUGAAUGUGGGAGUACGUUUUAAUAACCCAUCACCACGCAUUCAAAUUCUCAGGUAAUGAUUGAAUUAUAAUACAGGAAGCAAAUGGUUUUCAUGAUGUUUUUUUCCAUAAACUGUUCUCGAUUGUACAUUCUACUGGCAAUGAGUGCAGAAAAUCAAACUUAAAUACUCUGAGGGGGUUUCCUGCACUACUAUUCAGCAGCGCAGCAACCCCACCACUAAUUCCACAGCGUGAGACAUAAAGACAAACAAAUGACUCUUAUAACCCAGUUCUGUUGAAUCUGUUAUACAUUGCGAGACAUAAAGAGUGACAAGUGUUGUCUGAUUCACAAAUAAAUGUCUGUAUUAAGCCGGCUCUUUUUUUAGUGAAUCAAAUAGUCUUUUGAAUCACUUGGAGCUGACUGAAUUAAUUGACUCCAAAUAUACUUACGGUGUUAUUUAAGGCUCAUGAGACUCAGAAUCUUACUGGUUGUUCAUAUGACAGUACAUAUGUGUGUACUCUGGUGUGACAUAUUUUCAGGUCCCCAAAAAAUCUGCCUACCAAGCUCCCAAUACACUCUGGUACAUGGAAAUACUCAUGUGAAACCGAUCAAUAGGCAUUUGCCAGGUCCAGCCAGCUUACUUGGAGGUCUUUCUUGGUUCUCUCAGCAGACUGGAUCUGCUCUCAUAUUAUUGACGUAUGCUCCACACACCCAGGAAAAUCUGGUUUGCCUGCCUUCUGGCAGCUUGUGUCAAUGUAUCUAUUUUUCAGGAGGUAGUCAGACAUCUUCUUUGCUACCUAUGGUAUCCCAUUCAGGCCCGGGGAAAUAGUAAAGCAAUACAAUUCUUAAAAAAAGCAGUUCACUUUUAAACCUGAUAACAGUCUUGUUUAUUUGUCUCAUGGCUGCCAAAUCCACUUGUAAAAUGCAAUAAAUAAUUGGCUUGCAAGAAAUCUGACUGGCUGAUCUGGAUGGCUGGUAGGCUAAAAAAUUAUUAUCUGACAAUAGGAUUUAAGUUUUAAUAAUAAUAAUAAUAAUAAUAAUAAAGCAAAUGUUUAGGCUUUGAUUUGGUAAGGAUGUCUUUGAAACGUUUCAUAUAUAUUUUAAAACACUAUUGGUUAGGUUUAGGCUUUGAUUUGGUAAGGAUGUAUUUUUUAAUGUCUCAUUUAUAUUUUAAAACACUAUUGGUUAGGUUCAGGCAAACGUUUUAGGUUAGGGAGGUAUGUUUUAAAUACAUCCAUCUAAAAUUCACCUUAAAACCUCGUCUGAAUACAACACUAUUUUACUCACUUUUGGCGCCCCCAGCUGGACAUUUCACUGGAAAACUGCAGCCAAAGGUGUUAUACAGCACGUAUAUUUUGAAUUGCAAAAAUGUUGUAAUGUGCACGUAAAUUUUAUGAGAUCAGGCUGUUUUUAUCGGUUUUACAGUAUGCUUUGCACAACUGUAAGGACAACCAGCAAAAGUAAUGUGUCCACGCAACCCUGUUACUGUUUUCAACCCUGUUAUUGUAUCCUUUGAAUAAAAUAUCUGAGCUCAUUUUAUGAUGACAGACAAAUUACACUGCAAAAGUUGCUCUAAAUUAAAAACAAAUUAGAGAGUAUUUCAUGUAAUUAUGAUAUUUCUUUACUCCAUGAAAUUGAAUUUAAUUGAAAGAAGGCUUUCUAUUAUACUUUUUCAGGUCCCCCAAUAUUGGUAACAGGAUUGCUUCAAGGUCAACACAUAACAGCUUAAACAUCUCAUAAAAAAAAUUAUCUUUGAUUCUUAAGGUAGACAAUACAGGUUUAUUACCUCUUUUCUUAAAAUUCAUAACGAUUUGUGUGGAUCCAGCUGCUGUCUUGUCUUGCGGAGUCAGAUAUUUUCAUCGGGACAGUACUGGAUAUAAUCUUUUUUUUUCCUCCUCCUUUUUUUUUUACAAAUACACAACUUGCAGAGUCUGUGGAAGGUGUGUAGACUUAUUACAAGCUUUAUUUUGCUCACGUGUGCAAGAGCUGACAGGUAACACAUGUUUUAAGCUUUUUUUAUGUUUUGGACAUUCAUUUCCCAAAGCAGUGCGCACCAGUGUGGGAGUUUCUGCAGACCGUUGUCUACAAACUCCCAGGAACAGAGUCCCCUUUAAUAAGACUGCUGCAUGGUUAUUUGUCAUGAUAAUCAGUGCUGGAACCACAUUUGUUAUGUGAGUUUGUAUGAAGAAGAAAGUUGACAAACCUACUUUAAUAAUUUAUAUAUAUAUAUAUCUGUCUUUUUAGCUGUUUGAUGCUCCACUAUCUUCACCAGCUGGUUGCGGACUUAAAUUUGACCAAGCUGAUAAUGCAUUUUUAUACUUGUGCCUCUUUAUGUUAAUCUUAUUGUUGUAAUGUUAAUGUACUAUUGAAACAAAGCUAUUAAUGUAAUUUUUUAAAGAUUUGUGAACAGAAAUUGGAUGAAUGGAUAUGGUUUAUUUGCUGUUUUAUUGUUCAUUGAGAAUGAAAAUAUACUUAUGCUUUCUCUAUGAAACACAAUUUCUAUUUUUUGUCUGUAGUUACAAUAAUGGAAGGUAGUAAAAUAUGAAACAUACUCUCUGAAGUAAUGCAAACCUGAGUUGUUAUAAAUUCACAAAAACUGCAGAAAAUACUGAUACCCAGAUAGCAUACAUAUCCGGGCUUCAUCUGGGCCAACUGUGGCACAUAUGGCUCAGUUCUGGCAGCGGCAAAGGUCAUAUGGACCGUAUCUGGCCCACACACAUCAAGCCGGUAUGGUCUUUUCAAACCCUUCAUACACAGCUUGAAACACAUUACCUACACAUUGGGUUGUUGCAACCUAGCAAAAAAUUAUCACUACCCAUAAGACAUUUUAGACAAUCAACCCAUAGAGUUGGGUUGGUUGUACAACCCAACAUGCUGGGUCAAAAUAACCCACGGUUGGGUUUGUCCAUAUUUGACCCAGCCAUGGGUUGUAAAACAACCCAAAUUGGGUUAUUUUCAACCCAAAAAGUGUGUUUUAGUGUGUAGGAGCAGUGGGUGAGGCAUCUUCAUCCUCAGCAUCAAGGGCUUGGAGGUUGGGGGGCAUCUCCUCAUCUGUGUCACUUCCUUCAUUGUCAAAAUCUCCCUCCUCAUCAGAAUUAAAAAAUAUAUUUAUCUGAUCUCCUCAUCUGU